CCCCCGCCCCCGCCCCCUCUUCCGCGCGGACCCUGCCCGUCCCGGCUCUGUCACCUCACAGUAGUCGUUGCCGGUGGCGGGCGUGGGGGCGCGUGUAGCGCAGGGCCGCCUUUCCCUCGCCCCUCAGGCCGGGCCUGGGCUCGGUCCCCCCCCGCUCCCUCCGCUCCCCACCCCCGUCGGGUACGGGAAGGUCCAAGCCGCUGCCGGGUGCUUGAGGGACUUCGUGGCAGCCGCCGCCACGGGUCCCGAUGGAGCCGCCGAAUCUCUAUCCGGUGAAGCUCUACGUAUACGACCUGUCCAAGGGCCUGGCCCGGCGGCUCAGCCCCAUCAUGCUGGGGAAACAACUGGAAGGCAUCUGGCACACCUCCAUAGUUGUGCACAAGGAUGAGUUCUACUUCGGCGUUGGUGGUAUCUCCAGCUGUCCCCCAGGAGGGACAUUGCUUGGGCCCCCAGACUCUGUGGUUGAUGUGGGGAGCACGGAAGUCACAGAAGAACUCUUUCAGGAGUACCUCUCCUCCCUGAGGGAGUCUCUGUUCCGGAGAGAGUCCUACAAUGUCUUUGAAAACAACUGUAACACCUUCACCAACGAAGUGGUGCAGUUCCUGACUGGGCGGAAGAUCCCUUCUUACAUCACCGACCUUCCCUCUGAAAUUCUAUCCACGCCCUUCGGACAGGCCCUACGGACCUUCCUGGACCCCAGGAUUCAGCCUCCUGAAGGGAGCCCCGUGGGCCCACCCAACGGCCAAAGCUAACAGGACUGCAUGGGACCGCCCUGCCUCACAGGGGCUUUUCCUUUUUAAACAAAACAAACCCUACCAGAUUUCUAUUUUAUAAUUUUACAUCAGAGCUAACAACCGGGGACGGCUUUUUAAAUUUCCCAGGGAAGGAUGUCAUCAGGCUGCAUGUAGGACAAUGCUGCUAAGAAACAGAACAAAAUGCCAUCCCUUCUAAUAGUAUUAUACUAAUUUAUUAAGGCUGUCUUGUCUGUGAGUUCACUUCUGACGCUGCUUCCUGAGCGUCCUCCGCACUGGAGAAAGGGAGGGGGUUUGUUUAAGCAGAAGGCAGGAGGCACAGUUUGGGGGAGCCCCGACCUAGCACCUCUUUCCACAGACCGCCCAUGCUCUACCCAGGUUGUCAUCACCUGGGAGACCCAGGUGAGUUUUACGACAUCCGUGAAGCACCAGUUGCGACAUCCCAGAAGCAGUGACUCUGGUUUUUAAAUGAACCAAAGGACUUGGUGCACCUGAGACCAGUUUCAGGAAGACUGACCCAACCCAAGUGAACUCUGUAGGCACAACCUCUCUUACCGUCCCUCCCUACCCCAAGCAAGGCCACAGGGCCAGGCCUGGAGCGACCAGAAGCCUCAGGAUCGAGGGAGAGUGACAGCAAGUGUCAGGCCAGAGAGUACAGGAUAAAGCCAUUCUUCCUCCCACCUACCGAUUGCCAAUCCUCUGACAUCAAUUUUGGAGAACCUGCCUAGCUGCCCGCGGGCUGCUCUUCCUCGGCGUAGCUGGCCUGUCACGGUGGAGGUUUGGGCUGGAGCGCCAGAGACCCAGGCCUUUUGUCUACCAGUAAUAAUGUAGGUUAUUUGCAGUCACCGUACCCGCCCCCAGCGCCCAAACUAGUAUGCAGUGUUCGGCUGGGGACCAAGGGGGAAGAAUCCCAGCUCUAGGAAACUAUCCCUGAU